AAGAGCUCGUCUGAAUUUGAUGAUCUUGAAAUCGAAAAGAAACUAAGGUCAAUCAACAAACCCGCUGUCAAAAUCAUCAAGACUAUACAUGGAGAACAGUAUGGAUGUGUGGAUUUCUUUAAGCAACCAGCAUUUGAUCACCCUUCAUUGAAAAAUCACACAUACCAUUACAAGAUGCGUCCAGUAUGGAAUGGAAUGAGAGAAAAAAAGAAAAACAAUACUGCCAACAGGUUUGGUUACUUGUGGGAAAAUGGUGUGGGUUGUCCCAUUGGUACGGUCCCUAUAAAAAGAGUCACCAAAGAGGAACUCUUGAGAUUAAACUCCUUCGAAGAUAAUUAUAAACCCCGUGGUUCUUGGAACACUACCGCUUAUGAUCCUAAUAAUGAUGUUCAUUCCGACCAACUUCAUUUUGCGGUGGCUCGGACACCGAACACAGGAAUGAGUUUCAAUGGAGCAACAAUGGAACUUUGCAUAACUGCUCCUAAGGUUCAGCCUACCCAAUUCAGUCAUUCUCGGCUUCACAUUCAGAUGGGAGAUGAUUUUAUCCAAAUGGGUGCUGCUGUUAAUCCAAUUUUGUACAAGGACAACCUACCUCGGAGUUUCGUUUAUACAAAGGCAGGUGCAAAAUCAUGUUAUAAUAGCCUAUGCGACGUGGGAAUGAUAAGUGUUCGUCAAGAUAUUCCAUUGGGUCUAGUACUGGAACCAAUUUCUCAUCGUGGUGCUAAGCGUAGUUACUAUGCAACCUUUGGUCUAAUCAAGGACCAAGCAAAUGGGAAUUGGUGGUUCGAGUUUGAUAGCGGCGCAGAAGAAAUCGGAUUUUGGCCGGCAAAAUUUUUUGGCCAAAGCUCUGGAAACGAAGUCGAGUGGGGAGGAGAAGUGAACAGUGCAUCACUACCAGGUCCUGAAAUGGGAUAUGGGAUUUUUCCGUAUUUAGAUAUGCGUUUCGAUGCAUAUAUCAAACGUAUUUCCAUACUUGACGCUAAUUUCAAAUUUGAUGACAAAGUGGAUUAUUUAGACUCGUUUUCUGACGACAAUCGAGGCUAUAAAGUGCUAGACGAGCUACAUUCUGGAUUCCCUGAGGCCGGCCAUAUAAUCUUUUAUGGUGGUCCGGGUCUAGACACAUAA